GUGCGUGCUCAAGCUCAGGUUUAAAACGCCGCACCCACCACCUCCUCCCUUCCGUGUAUCUUUUCCCUUCUUUCUCUCCCUCUCUCGGCAGCCGCCAUUCCGGAGUCCAGACUAGGAAGGUGACGCAGCUUCGAGCGCCAUUGAUAUGGCGGACAAGAUCUCCACGAUCGUCCUCAAGGUUGACCUUGAAUGCGAGCGAUGCUACAAGAAGAUCAGAAGAGUCCUCUGCAAGAUCCAAGACAAGUUGGGCAUCAAGACGAUCUCCUUCGACGAGAAGAGCAAUGCCGUGAAGAUUUCCGGGCCGUUCGACGCUGAGAAGGUCUGCAAGAAGCUCUGCUGCAAGGCCGGCUGGAUCAUCAAGGAGAUGAACAUUAAAGGCAAGGAGGAGUCGAAGGACAAGGACGGCGGCGAUAAGCCCAAGGCCGCUAAACCGGCCGAGAAGGAUGCCGGCAAGCCGGAGAAGGUCAAGGACGCCAAGCCGGACAAGGAGGCCGCCAAGGCGGGGAAGAAGGAGGCCAAGGUGGACAAGGAGGCGAAGCCGGACAAGGAGAAAACUAACAAGGACGCGAAGCCGGAAAAGAAGGUCAAGUUCGAGUUAGACGACGCGGCCCCCGCGUCGACCGCGAAGCCCGGCAAGGCUAUGCCCAUGCCGGCCGGCAUGAGCAAGGCCGACCUCGCCCCGCUCCUCGAGAAGAUGAUGGCGUCCAAGGCCGGGCCCGAGCCGCCGCGCGGCGAGCCGAUCAUGCCGCCGAUGAUGAUGGUGCCGCCCGUCCCGGCCUCGCAGGGGGUGGCCGUGCCGUCCAUCUGGCCCGCGCCGGCCGGGUCCGUGUCCGGCUACAGCUACAACGCGGGCUACGAGCCGUCGUCCUACUAUGGCGGCGGAUACGGCUGCGGCUGCGGCGGGUACCAGUACUGCCGGUGCAGCAAGCCGGCUGCGCCCGGCGGGUACUACGGCGUGCCCGUGUACGACAACCAGGGGUGGCACUACGGCGGCGGCCAGCAGCCGUACUACCACCAGCAGCAGCAGCAGCCCUGCUGCGAGGACCCCAACGCUGGGUGCAGCGUCAUGUGAUGGCAAUGGCCAUGGACAGACAGAUCAGUCAGUGUGUAGUCACCUGAUCAUGACCAGUGCUGAGAAUGUGUCGCCUUGUUCUUGCUUAUGCCUGUGGGUUUUUUUUUUGUUUAUUUAGGGGGUCGAGUUGUGCAUGUGAACACUUGAGCUGUGAUGCUUAUCGUGUCUAGUUUCUCUCCCUCCCUUUUCGUGUUUGUGAUGGACGAUAAUGAGAAUAUAUAGUAUGUAUAAUAUGGCGGAUGCUAUUUAUCAAUCUCCUGUUUUUCUA